AUGAAGCAUUGUUCAAGAAAGAGGAGGAGGAAGAAGAAGAUUUUGAAGAAGAUACUGACAACUACAAAUGUGAUCGUCAUGAAAGAUGAUAUCGUCAUGGAGGAGGACACACAAGAUGUCCCAGAAUCAUCCGUAGUUACAGUUCAAGAUGGCGACUUGGAUGUAGAUAUAACCGAAGUCCCAACGACCUCAAACGCUACCGUUUUCGACCUCGCUGCAUUAGAUGUUAAGCCAAAAGAAGAAACUCAACCGUUAGUGGAACAGUCGUCUAUUUCCUCGGGAUUAGUGAAAGGUUCAAUAACUGCUGGCACACCAUUUCGUCCUCCGUCUGUUUCAAUCAUUGAGCAGCCACCAUCUGUUUCACAGCUUCCUGCGAAUGCAUCACAAACAGCGGUGACAUCGCAACCCUCAGGUAGCGAAUUUUUCGCUGCAAGUCCUGACUCAUUUAAAACCUGA